CUUUUGUCGCUCGCCUUUAGUCGUCUCGUUUGUGGGCUCGACGGCCCGGUCACUUUAAAUUGUAGCAGUGCUAGUGGCCGCAAAUUCCUCGCAGAUCCUUCGAAUUCUGUAGUUUUCUACAGCUAGGGGAGGGAGCAACAAAUGGACGGAACGGAUAUCACAACCAUGCAAGGAGAAGAAGGAGCUAGUGGUGAAGAACAGGGUAAUGUGCCAGAUGAAGAAACCAGGAUUUGUAAUGAAGCUGGUGCUAUCUUGCUGAAGGGUGGAUCAGGGCUUCGUAUUGCAGGAUGGACAAUACGAACAAAAAAGUGUACAAUCCUGAAAAUGGAUGAAGUUGAGAGGUGGGGGCAGCUGUUGGACACAACUCAUUUGCCAGAGAUGGUUUUCGGGGAUAGUUCACUUGAACUUAUACAUGAGGCAACUGGAAUCAAGAUUCACUUUAAUGCACUUGAUGGUCUUCGAGGAUGGAAAAAGGAGGGUCUGCCUCCUGUUGAGGUUCCAGCUGCAGCCAAGUGGAAGUUUGCCAGCAAGCCGAGUCAACAAGUGAUACUUGAUUAUGAUUAUACAUUUACCACACCAUACUGUGGUAGUGAAAACUUGGAACCAUGUGGCCAGACGUCUGCUUUGAGCGUAAGAGAUGGAAGUGCGGCUGAAAGAAAUGCAGAAGCUGACUCUCCCCCAGCCCUGGAGUGGGUAGAAUGUGAAGAACAGAUAGAUCUGGUAUCUUUACAACAAAGGGAUCCAAUCUUGUUCUUCGACGAGGUGAUUUUGUUCGAAGACGAACUCGCAGACAAUGGGAUUUCGCUCCUGACUGUUAAAGUGAGAGUGAUGCCGAAGUGUUGGUUCCUCUUGCUAAGAUACUGGCUUCGAGUGGAUGGCGUACUGAUGAGACUGCGGGAUACGCGAGUGUUUUCGAAGUUCUCUUCUGACCCAAAAGAAGUUCCUGUUGUUCUUAGAGAACGUUGCGUAAAGGAAGACACUUUCCAGUCUUUGGCGUCAAGAGGUUAUCCCAAAGAUGCUGGUGCUUACGCGGAUCCAAGUGUAGCAGGAAACCGACUGCAAACAAAGUUAAUAAUUUCAGAAAAGUUGGUGCUACGUAGAUAGAGAAACCAUUCAAUGUACCAGAUUUUUUAUUACUUGGACUGUCUAUCCCCUUAGAGCUCAGAAAGCCUACCACGAAGUAUGUAUAACUUCAAAUGGAAUCACGUGACGAUCGUCAGAUUGUGCACAGGCUAUGUCAAAGUCCCCUGCGAGCGUAGACGACGCAUAGCAAGACUGAUCAGUCAUCGUAGUUGUACAUCACCUGGUACAUUCUUCAUAUCUCUACGCGGCUUGAGUUCUCUCAUCCGUGCAAGAGAUUAUUCACAUAUGAAGUUCAGCCUGGGGAUCACAUUCUAGAAAGCGUUAGCUCUUCAUUUGUUACACAAAGACCUAAUUGAUCUUAAAUUAAAGAAACUUGCACAGUGGUGCUUGUGACCGUA